CAAACUCCUGGAGAUCCACCUGCCUCUGGUAUCCAAAUGCUAGGAUUAAAGAUGUGCAUCACCACGCCCAGCAAAUAAAUGUAAUUUUUAAAGGUUUAAAAAGAGCCAGCUGGUGAUGGUGUGUACCUUUAGUCCCAGCACUUUGGAGGCAGAGGCAGGCAGAUCUGUUUCAAGGCCAGCCUGGUUACAGAGUAAGUUCCAGACAGGCUCCAAGGAUACACAGAGAAACCCUGUCUCAAACAAACAAACAAGCAAACAACAAACAAAAAGCUUAAAAAGGAAAACACAAGGUAAACAAUCUGAAGAACGACAGCACACACAUACACACAUACACAAAUCUGGGUUUAGCUGUUCUCAGGGGACAUCCCCAGCGAAACAUGAAGGUUAGAAGGAGGCUGAGGCCCCAGGACCACCAGGGACAAGGCAGAACCCCAACAAGGACCUGGUGGCAGAGAGGACCAGUCAGUCAGGUUUGAGGCAGAGGGAGGGCAGCCACAGCUGAGGGGGCUGUGCCGUGCAGCCUGCUGUCAGCCUGCAAGCUGCGUUAGUCACCUCUGGAUGUAGCUGGGAUGACACAGCUUCCUGAGAUUGCAAAUGCAAGGUGACCAGACGUCCUCUAGGCCAGGCAGACAGUUGUGGCUUAUGGGAGGGCGGCCAGCCAGAGCUGGGCACAGUAAGAUCUGAGUGGUCUGUAGUAGGAGGAGGCUCAUUCGACCGGCUGCGGUGCCAUUCAUCAGAAUGUGCCCACUACGUGCAUGUGCCCACUGCGUGCAUGUCCCCACUGCGUGCCGGUGAUGUGUCAGACCCAUGUCCCCUUAGGGUCCUGGAAAGGGGACUUGGCUCUGGAUAUUUGUCAAAGGCUCCCCAACAGAGGUGUCCACAUCCUUAGUGGCUUUAGGUUGUGGCUCGUAACUGUUGAGAGUGCCCUUGCUGUCUGGGGUUUGAACCUGUUUCCUUGGACAGAAUGUGUCACCCAUCUUUAUCCUCAUCCCCCCUGCUCCCUGCUUCCUUCCCUAUUUUGGGAGACCGGGAACCUGAAGAGCACACAUCUUUGUCAGCUGGAGUGGGUUAUAGGAGCCAGGGUCCGGGAGCUGCAGUUGCUAUCCCCCUGUGGAACAGGGGGCAUUAUCCAGAACCCUCAGGUUGGUGUUACAGUUGCAGCAGAGUGAGAUGGGCGGUCCAGGCUCAUUACCUUGAAGAACAUGGAGACCCUUGAGACUGUGGGGCCUUCUUUUCUGAUCCACCAGAGGCCUGGUAGCAAGGUCCCCAUGGCUCCCUGUCUAUUUCUUCUUUGGACCUGGACAUGGUCCUUCUUGCUGUGUGCUAGGACUGCCAGGAUGGCAUGCAGGGAGGGAGGUCCAAGGCUGUACAUGCCCCGAGUAGUGUAGUCAGGGCAGCACAGGGCUGAGGGACAGCCAAGGGGGGUGAAAAGUAAGAUAGGAGAGGUUAUGCCUGGCUCGCUCAUAUCUGAGAAGGACAGUCUACUGGACUACAGGCUGUCUGAACUGCCUGCUGUCCCUGGGUGUACAGGCUGGAUUCUCACGCUCUGCAGUAUGCCUCCUGUUCUUUAUGCAUAGGGCCUUCUGCCUCAGUCCAUCUUGAAAUAGAAGGGCUGGCCACCCUGUCUCCUGCUGGCUGGCUGCGUUUAUCAGAGGAUCUGGGCAGAUCUUCCUGGCCAGAUGUGCCCUGCUUGGACUGGUGACUUAGAACUGCUGCCCAGGACCCCUGUCUUGACUCCCACUGUUAAAUCUCUUGAUGGCCUUUUCAAAUUGCAAAAGGCAACAGGAAUGACGGGAGCAGGUAAGCUGCUUCUCUGGGGGUUCCUAUGGCUCAGCCUGGUGUCCUGUGUAGUUUGACUAUGGCCGAUGAACCUCUAACCCCAGGCUCAGCAAGGCGACCUUGAGGCCCCCUUAGAGUUACAGAAGCCAUUAAGAGUGGUUUGUUUUUUGCUGGGUGGUGGUAGCACGUCUUUAAUCCCGGCUCAGGAGGCAGAGGCAGGCGGAUUUCUGAGUUCAAAGCCAACCUGGUCUACAGAGCAAAUCCCAAUACAGCCAGGGCUACACAAGAAACCCUGUCUCGGAAAAACAAGCUGAUUUGUUUUUGUUUAGAGAAGGGGUCUCCAGUUGCCUCUACCUCCCCAGUGCUGUGAUGACAGUGUGGCCCCUUUAUUUAUUUGUUAUUGAAACAGGAUCUCCCCAUGUAGUUCAGGCUGGCUUUGAAAUUGCGACCAGCCUCUUGCCUCUGAGCUCCAAGUGCUGUGAUGACCUGAGUGAGCCACCACCAUGUGGCUCAGUGUUUUGAUAUCACAUUUGUCUUACAAAUGUCUGUCACAAAUACAGGGCUCUUUGGUGCUGGGGCAAGGCUCUCAGUGGCACUCCAAGUCCUGGGGUUUAUCCCCAGCACCACAGGAGACCUCCAAACAACACAUUCUUCUCAGGACCCCUUUACAUUCCUUUUAUUUUAAGACAGGGUCUCACUAAGUUGUCUCGCGAGGCCUUGAACACACACUGUAGCUCAGGCCAGCCUUCAACUUGUGACCCUCUUACUCAGCCUCCCAGGUGCUGGGAUGACAGACCUGGCUUGACCUUUGAUGGAUAGGUUGGGACUGUACCCAUGUGCUUGGUGUGUUUGAGGCAAGGGCACCGUCCUAGCCACACACUAAGUUGCUGAAGAUCUCUGUCCCCUAGUCUGUUCCCCAUGAUUGGCAGCAGGCAGAAGGGCACACCUCUGACCCAGGGCCAACGUGGGCCUCACCUUUCACCUGGACAGACUUUUAUAUUGAUGGCCAUACAGGAUGAAGUCUGAAUUAUCUUGAUGAGUGUCCAAGUGUCCCUGCUGAACAGGGUUCCAGAGGCAGAAGCCUAGCUGGGGCAGGGUAAGCCGGGGUAAAUGUAGUAGCUCAGUGUGUGCCCCCAGGACUCCUGAAUGGGGGCUUCUCAGCCAGGACCACCUGCCGCCUCUGGUGCCUUUUCUCCCAUCCUCUUUUUCUGAGGAAGUGACCCGAGCAUCGGCAGGGCUUGGCAUUUGUCCGUGGCUUCUUGGCUUCAUGUGUCCUCUUUAAGCCAGCUGAGGACUGAAGAGGGUCCCUUAACCCAGACCCCAGCAGGAGCCCAUGAGGUGGGUGUACAUGGAGAGAUCCAGGGAGGGGCCCUUUCUGCUGACCAGGUGGCCUCCAUCCAGUGGUCAGGCCCCUGCCCUGUGCACAUCCUGGCCACCUGGUGUCACAGCACCAUCAUCACGGGAGUGGAAAGAUUCCUGCCCCAAGCUGAGCCCUGGCCUGCGUAUUUCAGCACCCGUGGAUCUGUGUGGAGUCCCCUUUCUUCCCCAGCACCUUCCUUUUCCGCUGGCAGUGGCCCCUGGGGCCCGUGAGCAUGCGGGUGGGAGGGGUGUCCUUGUGUGGGAAUGUGAGCCGGCUCUGUAAACAGCCUGUGACUCACCACAUAGCUAUGUCACUGACGCUGGGGUUGCAAGUUGGAAGAGAUGCCCAACCCCUCCUCCCUCUUUACGGAAAACUUUCUCAGGGCUCCCGGGGCUCCUAGGCGCCUGGCUCCUGAGAGUUCCUAAUGGAGUGGCAGAAGCCUGUGACUCCCCCAGUGCUACUGUAACCCAGCUGGAGCUGGAGGGGGUCUGGAUAAAGACUUUGCCCGCAUCCCCAUGUGGCCUCUUAUCUCCAUUAGAUCACCCCACUAGCUCUAGUCCCACCUCAGGUCUCAGAUGGGCAGUGUCAGGAUGCAUGCUGGUCUACCUGAACCUCUUCUAGACUGGCUCUGCCCCUGUCCUGCUCUGCCUGUUGCCAUUGCCUCUGAGAGUGACCAGUGAUGUCACCAGGGUGCUGGGUGUCUAUUGACAGAGUCAAUACCUUGUCUCUCACUGAUGGCUUUUUGGCAGUGAGGGUGGUGGGCAAUGGAGACAAGACCCCAUCAGAGGUGGAGUCACAGGGUAGAGAGAUCGGGACUCAGGGCCCCAGGUUUGUGGGGGAGGGGACAGUGGAGGUCACCCACUGUCUUGCUCAUGCCUAUCCUCUACACUCUCCUUUGUGUGAUUUCCCUGACAUCCCUUGUUCUGUGACUAUCUUUGUCAGGGUUUGAAAUACAAGAAGAGGUGGAGGUGCAUCCCACCAAAGGCCGCCCCGUCCCUCUUACCCCUUCCCCAGUUGUCAGGGAAUGAAUGGGUUUGUUUACUGCCUGAGAGCCUCGUGUUGUCUUUCUGCACAGGCUUGACCCACAAGUCCUGAGUGCUUUUGGGCUUCUCCGUUGCCAUGGAGACCAUGGGGGGUUGGCUACAUCCCAAGGUCGCCAUGGCAACUAUCAGAGGGGAAUCAUGCUUGGGAUGCUUUGGCUGGCUUUUUCAUGAAUGAUGAGGGUGUGUGACACAAUGCAGACUGGAGAAUGAGAAGGGCGGGCAAGGGGGCUGGCGGGCUGGCCACAGGCACAGGUUCUGCCAGACAGCUCAGUGGGUCUGCCAGGUGGCUGCAGUCUUCUGUCUGUGUCUCUGGCUGGAUCCUCUGAACAGCUAUCCACCAGUAGCCCCCACCCCACCCAUAGGGGCCUUGGGGGUCACUCUGAGGGGCUGGGGUGGCCUGGGAGGAAUGGUGAUGUCACAGCUGCAGUGUCCUUCACAGCGCGACAAUUUCCUGGUGGUUCCGUCCUGGUGACAGGGCCCGGGUUAUGACGACUAAUCCCAAGCCGAAUAAGGCAUUGAAGGUUAAGAAGGAGGCGGGCGAGAACGCCCCUGUGCUUAGUGACGAUGAGCUGGUGUCCAUGUCGGUGCGGGAGCUGAACCAGCACCUGCGGGGGCUCACCAAGGAGGAGGUGACUCGGCUGAAGCAGCGGCGGCGCACACUCAAGAACCGAGGCUACGCGGCGAGCUGUCGCAUCAAGCGUGUGACGCAGAAGGAGGAGCUGGAGCGGCAGCGUGUCGAGUUGCAGCAGGAAGUAGAGAAGCUGGCCCGGGAGAACAGCAGCAUGCGGCUGGAGCUGGAUGCCCUGCGCUCCAAGUACGAGGCUCUGCAGACCUUCGCACGCACCGUGGCCCGAGGGCCUGUCACACCCACCAAGGUGGCCACCACCAGUGUCAUCACCAUCGUCAAAUCUGCCGAGCUCUCCUCCACCUCUGUGCCCUUCUCAGCCGCUUCCUAGUGCCUGCUGGGGCCGGGCAGGGCGCGGGCAGUGGCACAGCCCUCACGCCUAUCCCGGGCUCCCUGGCACAGAUUCCUCAUGGCCACUUGCCCACUGUGGACCCUGUGGGGCUGAGGGCAAGGAUAACGGGGACAGGCAGAUGCAGGAAAAAAGGGAGGCUCUCUCUCGUGAGCCAGUGCCGCCAGCAACCCCCUCACAUCUUUCCUUCCCCGGGUGUUUGUAGCUGCUGACAGGAACUGCAUGGGCCAGCAGGAUGAACAAUCAGGCCCCUGUGGCAGGGAGUGAGGACUGGUCUUCCACUUCUCCGGUGCCUGUCUGUCAGUACCAUCAGUGCCAUCCCCUGAGGGCCUCCAGCUGGGGUGGACACCAUACUAUCGCUUUCUGGGCGCUGGUCUUCUUGUCCUUAUCAAAGGGCGCUACAACCUGCUUUAACCCUUAGAGCCAGGUCAGUGUCCUGGGAAACAGUUCCCAGUAUUGUCACCUACAGGGGCUAGUACGUUGUUCCUGUGUGUACACAGGCUGCCUGUGACGGCAGGAAGCUGCUGGGCCAGGUGGCCACACAGAGCCUGUCCAGUAUGUGUGCUGAGGGUUGCAUGGAUGUCCUGGAAUGUCCCUGGGGGUCUGUUAGCUAAGGAGGCUGCCCGUCAUGGUGCAGGCCACCUGUCCACAGAGCCAGCCGACCGCGGGGCUUGGGUUCUCUGGGGCUUAGCAGAGGAGAAGCUGGAGGGGAGCCUGUGAAGCCUGAGAGAGGUUGAGGAAUAUGGGAAUGGCAGUUAAUAUGUGUCUUGUUGCUAGGAAGAAAUAGGAAGGAGGUGAAGUCCUGGCGGCCCAGGGGAUGUGGAAGAGGCCUAAGAGAUAUAGUAUGGAGGGACAAAGGGUGCAUCUGGAGGGCCUGUGGACACACCCCCUGUGGGUGUCAGCAGAGGCCCAGGGCAGACUGUAGGUGCAGAUACUCUGCAGCUUUGGUGCCCAGUUGUUACCCGCCUAUUCCUCCUUCAUAGAGUUCUGGGUCAUUGGCCAUCUUGUGCUUUCUUACUGAAGGGAUUAAGGCCUCCAGGCCCUGAGGAGUAUGGUAGACAGGGAGUGGGGGACAGGCUGAGCCAAAGCCAGGCACUUAGAAAGCACUGUUGGAACCAUAGCCUUGGUAGGUAAUCCAUAUUGGAUAUCAAUAAGGACCAUGGGAUAUUUAAAGAGAGAGAAGAUAUAUAUAUAUAUAUAUAUAUAUAAUUAUAUACACAUUUUAUCGUACAGAUUUUUCAUAACAAUUUUCUUUCCCAGUUUGAUACUGUAGAUCUUUAUUAAUGCAGAGUAGGUUGGACAGUGGGGUGGGGAACUGGCCAUGGAUGGAGGCCCAGGGUGCCAACAGCUUUCCUCAGUCUUUCUGUGGCGGCGCUGGGCAUGCUGGGUUACUGGUGAAACUUGCUCCAGCAGGUGUCACACUGGAUGAGUGGUCUCCAGGGUGGUCUCCAGUGCUAGGCACAUGGCCACUGACUGUGGGUUGCGGCCCACUCUUAGCCUGUGGUGCCCUCCUGAGCCUUGGAGGCUCCAUACUGUUGGCCUUCAGGGUGGAUGGGACUUUCAUUGCUACCUGGAGCACCCACGCAGCGUACCUGCCUGGAGGGGACUGGGAAGGGUGUGAGCAUGCCCCGUGGCUCUAUGUCACUGAAACGUCAUCGUCACAAUUUAAUAUAUGGAUGUUUUUAUUUAAGAUAAAAGUGAGUUUUCUGUCUUGUUCCCCCAACUUCUCAAAGCAAGCUUUACUUUUUCAAAAGGUGACAGGGACACAUGUUGACUACGCAGAGGCCUGGUGUCCCCAGCCACCUGCUACUUGGCAGUUUCAUUUCAAUAUUUAUUUUUUGUGCUUCCUCCCCCAUGUUAUAAAUUAUUGAGAAGAGAUCACAGACGGUUGACCCCUGUCUGUGCCCCGCCUCGUGGCCACCACCUAAUUUAUUGCUGUACAUGUCGCUGUGACUGCUUUUGUAUCUUUGCAAUAAAGAAUUUCCUGUUUGA